AUGGUCAAUCCCAUAGUGUACUUUGACAUCACUGCUGAUGAUGAAUGUUUAGGCUGUGUUUCCUUCGAGAUUUUAGCAGAUAAAGUCCCAAAGACAGCAGAAAACUUCCAUGCUCUGAGUACUGAGGAGAAAGGAUUUGGUUACAAGGGUUCCUGCCUUCACAGAAUCAUUUCUGGUUUUGUGUGCCAGGGUGAAAACUCCACACGCCGUAAUGGUACUGGUGGCAAGUCCAUCUAUGAGGAGAAGUUUGACGAUGAUAUCUUCAUCCUGAAGCACACAGAUCCUGGCAUCCUGUCCAUGGCAAACACUAAACCCAAUAUAAACAGUUCCCAUUUUUUUAUCUGUACUGCUAAGACUGAAUGGUUGGAUGGCAAGCAUGUCAUCUUUGGCAAGAUGAAAGAAGGCAUAAACAUUGUGGAAGGCAUGGAGCACUUUGGUUCCAGGAAUGGCAAGACCAGCAAGAAGAUCACCAUUGAUGACUGUGGACAACUCUAA